UGUUCGGGAGAAUUUGAAUAUUUUCUUUUCUUUUAAUUAAUUAAUUUAUUUGUUUAAUUAUUUAUUUAUUUAUUUUGUCAUUUUGGUCCACACUCCACACCAGUUGGUGGCGGUAAUGCACCAUUUUGCUGUUUGCCAACCGCCAAUAAACCCUAUACAGAAGAAGAUAUCUGCAUUGAUCUGCACACACUUGUCUCCUGGAUCGUAGCUCAGAACCACGUGGGUCUCUGCUCCCUGAUCUGUUUCUUAAGACUUUCAGCUUCAUCACGGAGUUUCUCUCGGUUUGUGGGCUCAUCUAAAGCUGAGUAACAGUAGGAGAAGAGUCUGGUGGUGCAGCAGAGGAACAUUUUCAGCCAUUUGGACUCAGCUCAGCCACUACAGAGGAAACAAUGUCUUUAACACAAAAGGACCAACAUGGAGCAAGAAGUCAGCGCUCUCAGGAGGCCGACAAACGUCACAGAAGAAAGGGAAAGAAAACCUACAGCUGUGAUGAGUGUGGGAAGAAUUUUACCCUGGCUCGAAGCCUAAAAAGACACCAACUCAUCCACAGUGGAGUUAAACCUUACAGCUGUGAUGAGUGUGGGAAGGAUUUUACCCGGGCUGGAAGUUUAAAAUCUCACCAACUCAUCCACAGUGGAGUUAAACCUUACAGCUGUGAGUUGUGUGGAAAGUCUUUUACCUGGGCUGGAAACUUAAAAACACACCAACUCCUCCACAGUGAAGUUAAAGCGUACAGCUGUGACUUGUGUGGAAAGUCUUUUACCUGGGCUGGAGACUUAAAAAGACACCAACUCAUCCACAGUGGAGUUAAACCUUACAACUGUGACUUGUGUGGAAAGUUUUUUACCCAGGCUGGAGGCUUAAAAAGACACCAACUCUUCCACAGUGGAGUUAAACCUUACAGCUGUGAGUUGUGUGGAAAGUCUUUUACCCUGGCUGGAAACUUAAAAACGCACCAACUCAUCCACAGUGGAGUUAAACCUUACAGCUGUGAGUUGUGUGGAAAGUCUUUUACCCAGGCUCGAGACUUAAAAAGACACCAACUCUUCCACGGUGGAGUUAAACCUUACAGCUGUGAGUUGUGUGGAAAGUCUUUUAUCGAGGCUGGGGACUUAAAAAGACACCAACUCAUCCACAGUGGAUUUAAACCUUACAGCUGUGAUUUGUGUGGAAAGUCUUUUACCAAGGCUGGAGACUUAAAAAAACACCAACUCAUCCACAGUGGAGUUAAAGCGUACAUCUGUGGCUUGUGUGAUAAGGCUUUUACCCAUCGUCAUAACUUAAAAACACACCAACUCAUCCACAGUGGAGUUAAACCUUACAGCUGUGAGUUGUGUGGAAAGUCUUUUACCCAGGCUGGAGACUUAAAAAAACACCAACUCAUCCACAGUGGAGUUAAACCUUACAGCUGUAAAUUGUGUGGAAAGUCUUUUACCCUGGCUGGAGACUUAAAAAAACACCAACUCAUCCACAGUGGAGUUAAAGCGUACAUCUGUGGCUUGUGUGGUAAGGCUUUUACCCAUCGUCAUAACUUAAAAACACACCAACUCAUCCACAGUGGAGUUAAACCUUACAGCUGUGAGUUGUGUGGAAAGUCUUUUACCCAGGCUGGAGACUUAAAAAAACACCAACUCAUCCACAGUGGAGUUAAACCUUACAGCUGUGAUUUGUGUGGAAAGUCUUUUACCCUGGCUGGAGACUUAAAAAAACACCAACUCAUCCACAGUGGAGUUAAAGCGUACAUCUGUGGCUUGUGUGGUAAGGCUUUUACCCAUCGUCAUAACUUAAAAACACACCAACUCAUCCACAGUGGAGUUAAACCUUACAGCUGUGAGUUGUGUGGAAAGUCUUUUACCCAGGCUGGAGACUUAAAAAAACACCAACUCAUCCACAGUGGAGUUAAACCUUACAGCUGUGAUUUGUGUGGAAAGUCUUUUACCCUGGCUGGAGACUUAAAAAAACACCAACUCAUCCACAGUGGAGUUAAAGCGUACAUCUGUGGCUUGUGUGGUAAGGCUUUUACCCAUCGUCAUAACUUAAAAAAACACCAACUCAUCCACAGUGGAGUUAAAGCGUACAUCUGUGGCUUGUGUGGUAAGGCUUUUGCUCAAAGUAACGACGUACAGAAGCAUCUAGUUACCCACUCUGGAAUUAAGGCGUACAGCUGCGACUUUUGUGGAAAAAGUUUCAGCGACAAACACUACCGAAAUAUUCAUCUACGGAUUCACACUGGAAAUGAAGUUUACUGCUGUGAUCAGUGUGGGAAACUGUUUACCACAGAUACACAGUUAAAACGACACAUGUUUAGCCACACUAAGGAGAGAGCUUACAAAUGUGACCUGUGUGAGAAGACCUUUAAAUCUCCACAUCACCUGAGAAACCACCGACAGAUCCACACCAGAAAGUAACUCUACAAGUGCAGUUAAUGUGAGAAGUGGAGCAAAGCACAUGGAUCCAGUUCUCAACCCUGUCGUCACUGUGGUGGUGGGAAAGAGUUUCUCUGUGACCUUUGUGGAAAAACCUCAAUCAUCUACAGGACCUAAAACCUCAUCAGCAUAGACACACUGGAGACAAAAUGAACUCCUGCAAAGAAUGUGGGAGAGGCUUCCACACACCAAGUACAUUAAAAAUACAUGAACUCUUCCACAGUGGGGUCAAAAUCACUGGAUCACAAUGAAUCUGAAGAGAGAGAGAGAGAAAGAUCCUCUUCUGGUUUCAGGGUCAGACUUAAAAACCUUGAGAUCAGGCUCCACAGAGUUCAGAUGGAAUCUCCUGUAAAGAGUGUCAGCUGAUGUCACACUUGGAUCUGAUGAGGUAGCUCUGAUUUCUGGAGCUGCAGUGAAUAAUCCUGAAUGUUACAUUUAGGAAGCUGCAUGUAUAGAUAUGCAUAUCAAGUUCAUGUUUUUCCUUUGAGGGAUUUUAAUUCUCUAAAAUGUUAUCCCUGUUACAUUUUAACCUUUGUUCCCUUAGGACACAGUAGUGUUUAGUAGUUGUUCUUGUUACUGUAUUAUUAAAGUUAUAGGAAUGUCUUUUUUUUACCAAACUAAUAAUGUAUCAGAAUUGCAGAUAUGGAUAUAUAUUUCAAUUUCUUUCAUUUGAACUUUUUUAGUGUUUCCAAAAUUAACGUUUUUUUAUGUAUUCAUUUAAUGUGUUACGUCAGUUAAAUUUCGAUUCUUCAUUCAUAUUUAAUCUUUUGCUGUGGUAAAAUCUUCUCUUAAAUCAUUUUCUCCCCAAACUGCAAAUAAUUUCACAGCAGUUGCUCUUAAAACCUCCAAAAUGAACUAAAUCUGUCCACAGCUUUGAAACAACACCUGCUGUGACUUUAUGUCCAGAAAAAAGAAACUCAAGCUAAACUGGUUUUGGGCUAACUUUCCAUAUAAUACCAGUUUGUACCAGAAGAUAGAGCAGCGAGGCUCAUUCACAUUGGCAGCAAAGAAAUGUUACAAGUUCAAAAAUUUAAAUUCUAUUAAACCUCUAUUUUUGGCUCCUCCUUUCACUUUAGUGUAUUUACUAUGUUCUUGAAGUCCACAUGUUGUUUUUUUAAUGAACUCAUUUUGAUCCACAUGUUCUGCAGCUGUUUUCUUGUUGAUUUGUUUUCAGUGGUACAUGUGGAGGUUUAUCACAGGAGGAGACUUGGAUGUUCUCCACUCGCACUGAACAAGGAUCCUGCAGCUCAUUAAAAACUCUGAAAUGAUCUUCAAGGACAAAGAUGUUUGAUUAUUCUUAAAAACAAGAUGUGGGCAUGAAGUUUUCAGAGAGUAUGUUAAAGAUUCAUUGUAAUGAACAUCUCACACAAAGCAGAUGUUCCUGCAUUGCAACAGCGGUUUGCAGACGUGUUCUCCCUCCUGCCCAGCUGCAGGACUCUCAUGGAGCACCACUUUGAAACGCAGCCUAGCGUCUGUUCAUGACCUAACAUGUUGCCUGAGCACAAGAGAAAUUGUGCAAAAGGAAUUGGCUGAAAUGCUGAUAUCGUAGGAUGAAAUGAGGAUUUCCUCAGUGUUUCCUAUGCUUACCUUUUCUCCAGAUGAUUUGUCCCAGCUGUUGAGAGGGGCCGGUUGUCUUUAAGGUGCUUCCAGGUAAUUAAGAAGUGAGCGCACAGUUUUAUACGGUUCUGUGAUGAUUGUCACAAAGUGAACAAGGUCUCAUGGUUUGAUGCUUAUCCCAUGCCCUGGGUUGACCUGGACUGGUUAAGCACUGCUUAGCUUUUAUCAUGCUGGAUUUAACCAACGCCUACUGGCAGAUUCCCUUGUCUGCACAAUCCAAAGACAAAAACGACCUUCUCCACUCUGUAUGGUUCAUGCCAUUCAUCACUCUUCUGUUUGGCUUGUUUGAAGCUGCGGCCAUUUUUCAGCACGUGCUGGAGCGAUAGCUGUGUCCUCACACUGCAUAUGCUAAUUUCUACCUGGAUGAUGAUGUCAUUCAUAGUGAUACCUUGGUGGAUCAUGUGCAGUGGUUGGUCACGGUCACGGAGUCCGUGAGGCAGGCAGGGCUGAUGGCAAACCCAAAGUGUAUGGUUGGAUGGUAUGGAACGCCAGGACUGCCAUAAUGAAUUACUUAAAU